AGCUCUCGAACAAGAACACCACUAACUGACCAGGUAAGUUAUUCGAUUGCGAUCCUCUGUCAUGGAACUGCAUGCUCCAAACACCGGAAGACUGGGGCGACGACCGCGUUUACCGAUGGUACCGACGAUCGCGUAUAACGAUGGUACCGACGACGGUGCUUACCGAUGCUCUCCGAUGCUCACCGAUGCUUACCGAGGUCACCGACGGCGGCCACACUAAGGGAUCUGGACCGAAACGGACGCAUUGCACGUAACAUGUCAGGCCUGGAUUUGUAACAUCCGAUAGCCUCGCAACUCAUCGUGUUUUUCCAAUUCCAUUCCGUUGUUGCCCAACCUACCCCUGUCGCCGACCAUAGGUCCAGCCAACCCCAUCAUGAAGCUUUUGGCUUUUGCCCUUUCCGCAUUUUGCGUCCUUGGUUCUGCCAGUGCCGACAUUGAAGACAAGAGGGCGCGCCGCAAACUUGCCCGCGAACUUCAUCGCAAACUUAACCCGCUCGCUUGCGGUGAACCAGGUUCAAUUCCAGUGGAAUUCCCUAAUGAUCCAUCUAUGGAACGGAAGAUUCAAGCGUGUAGGAGAGAAGGGGACGCUUGCUUGGAUAGAGUUCCUUGCUGGGAUGUUUCUUCAGUCACUAAUUUUGGACAGUCUUUCGGCAAUCAAAAUCCGGAUAAUUUCGUCCCAGAUGUCAGCCAUUGGGAUGUGUCCAAUGCAGUAAAUAUGGGUGCUAUGUUUGGUGGGAUCACUGAUUUCAAUUGGCCAAUCAGCCAUUGGGAUACGGGAAAAGUGACACACUUCGGAAAUAUGCUCAGUAGUAUCUCAAACUUCAACCAGCCUCUCAACGAAUGGGAUACCUCUUCAGCAGAAAUCAUGCUGCGUAUGUUCCAAAAUUCCCCUCAGUUCAACCAACCACUUCAUAAUUGGGAUACAAGUAAGGUCGACAAUUUCACGGAUAUGUUUGCAGAAUCUGGAUUCAAUCAACCAAUCCACACUUGGGAUACUAGAAGUGUGGGGACGAUUGUUACAUAUUCAAGUGCUCAUUCUAUGUUUAGGAAUAGCCAAUUCAAUCAAUGCGUCCCUAAUUUUCGGCAUCUGUGGACCCGACCCGUGGAGGACAAUGCAAACCAAAACGACAGCAUGCUGCAGGGCAUUAGACUUGCCCAUAACAUGUUUUCGGGAUCCCAAUGUGCAACUACUACUCAACCAUAUAAUUUAGAUCCUGCGCUUGAAAAUUGGUGUAAUGAUGAAUGUAAUCCCAUUGUCGAACCCCUCGGAUCGUGGGAGAUCCGAAGCACUGUACACAGUCCAGCUACCGUAGAACCACCCCUUAACACGGAUGGACCUACUGUUAUGGUCGGUGAACCAGAAGGAUCGUCAAUUGCAGGGACAGUUCUGUUUGAGCUCGACCUCCCCGACGGCACCGCAGCACAAKCCCGUGCAUUUGCAGUUGCGGAUGAUGGGAGUUGCACCGGCGAUCUUAUUGUACCUGCUAUUGUCACUACACUUACUGGCAGUUGCAGUUUUUAUGAAGUUUAUUUCGCCACCACCCCAGAUGAGUUAUUUUACACCAGAGAUUCAAGUCGUUCAGAUGUUACCUAUGUAAAUUCUGAUGAACAAGUGUGCCUACCAGGUUCUGAAGGUGCAAGUGGUAUCCGUAAGUGUUGCUCGUGUUCUGAUGGUAACCGACCAAGUUUUUCAAGUUUAGUAGUCUUUGUCUGUCUUUGCUAACUGUUGCAUUGCCCUCGAUUUAUCGAUGGACAGGGGAGGUUUCUUUUAGUGUCAGCGAUGUGGAAAAUAGUCAAAUCUACGAUGCAAAUAGCGAUGGUCCUGAAGCCCCGAAAACUCAAUUCUGUAUCGAAUUGUCUGUGGUGGAAACUGAAUCUCAGACCCAAAUCAAUGCUGUUAAUCACA